CACAAACAUCAGCCUCCAGCCAGCCAUCACACUAUUCUUUUUUUGGCUGAGAGAAGCAGUCAGUCAGUCAACGCAACGCUUUCCCUUUCCACGAGCAAGCAAGCCAGGAAGACGAACAAGGAAGACGACAGCGAGGUGCAUCCAACAAUUACACACACACACACACAUCCACAACAACGAUGGCCAAGUCAAGGUCUGACCGCCCUGGCGGUCCCAUGGUUUCCGAGGCGGGAAAGGACCACGUCAUCUUCUCCAAGAAGCUGCUCCUCUCCAUCGCGGUGGUGCUGAUUGUGACUGCGUUUCUGUUCUUUACGGUGGAGCAAUCGCGGAUUGCGGGGAACAUUGCCAAGAGCAAGAAGGCGCUGGAGCAGAACGCGGCCGUCAAGGACGCAAACACCAAACUGGAACAGGCAAAGAACGAGCUUCAGGCAGAAGAAGACGAACUGGUGAAUCUGUAUUCGCAAUGGCUGGACGAGGACAGCACGGAGCUUGAACUAUCACAGGAGCAGCUGGCACAACUCAAGGCGCAGCUCAAGUCGGUCACGGAACGCGUCUCGGACAACAGCGCCCAGCUCGACGCCAAGUCGUCCACCCUCCAGGAGAAGGAGGAGAGGCUGGCGGCGUACCAGUUUAAGAUCCAGCAGAAGCAGGCGUUUAUUGAGCAGCUUGCGGACAUUUUGGCGCAGCUCAACUCGUCUGUGCCGAAGAAGGGCAUUGCCAUUGAUGAGCAGGUCGAUGACCUCAUCUGGGACGACGAAUUCGAGGCUGAUGAUGACUUUGCGUAUGACGAGUUCUACGCGGGCGAUGAUGACUGGCUCGAUGAUGGCACGGAAUGGUAGAUGGAAUGAUGACAAAUCAGGGAGCAACCUCCUGCAAACCCCAAAGGGAGCGGUUAACCUUUCCACGCUUCCUCUCGCCCCAUUAGCACGCAUGUCGCUGGUCCCGUUCUUUUUGUCUUUUUUUUUUUUGUGUGUGUGUGUGCGUGUGCGUGUGUAUGUGUGUGUGUGUCGUCGUUGGUUUGUCUCUUUUUUUGUCCUUUUAUCGUUUGUCGUUUAGUGUGGUCUGUUUGCGGUGUUUGUUCCUUUGCUUCAACCCUCCUUUGUUGUACCUUUGUUCUGCUCGUCUGCUCGUCUGCUCGUCUGGCAUUUGCUUGCUUGCCAACUUGCUUGCCUGUCCACCUUCCUUGUCCCUUCCCAGCAUUGACUCGUUUGUUUCUUACCUGUGCUGUGCGAUAGGCCGCAGGCACUCAUGUGCAGGGAUUGGUUGUGUGUGCGUGUGUUGUUUGUCGUUGUCAUUUCAUCUGUGUGUGUGUGUGUCUGCAUGCGUGCGUCCUGUGCGUGUGUCUGUAUGCGUGUGUUUGGUGUUGUUCCCCCCUCCUCUUCUCCUUCUCUCAUUCGUGCAAUUUGAAAACAACACCAGAAGAAGCAACUGCAACGCACAACAACAACAACAACAA